CUGUCAGGACAGACCCGUAGAUAAAAAUCCCAGAGCUGGCAGGAGACCGCUCAUUCAGUAGAAAGCCAUACGGUUGGUGUGGUUAGAUGGACAGCACUGUUAGCUUUUGAUGUGGUACAUUCAUAUGAAUGGUUUAGGAACUAAUCUCUCGUGACGUGAACAUUAUUUGGUUCUGGGUGCCAAAAUUAGAACAGGUUCUUCUAGCUUCUAUCUCUGUUAGUUACCUGAAUUCUGCAUCUGAGAUCAGAAGUGUUCGUUCUAACUAGGACCGGGUCUACUCCAUAGCUGUGAUGGUACUUCAAGGGUCACCUGUGCCAGACGUCAUGACGACGGGCCAGUCUGCACGGUACCGUCCCACCUGGGACCUGGCCCUGGACCCCCUGAUGUCCUGCAAGCUGUGCCUUGGGGACUUCCCCCAUGAGCAGAUGACCACCAUCAGCCAGUGCCAAUGUGUCUUCUGCAGCCUGUGCCUGCAGCAGUAUGUUGAACUUCUGAUCAAAGAGGGCCUCGAAACCACUAUUAGCUGCCCAGACUCUGCCUGCCCAAAACAAGGUCACCUGCUAGAGAAUGAGAUUGAAUGCAUGGUGGCAGCAGGGAGCAUGCAGAGGUACAGGAGGCUGCAGUUUGAGAGAGAGGUGCUGCUGGACCCGUGUCGAACCUGGUGCCCGUCCUCGUCAUGCCAGGCAGUGUGCCAACUGAAGGAGGGGGAAGUGGCACUACCACAGCUGGUCCAGUGCUCGGUGUGCAGGCUGGAGUUCUGCUCAGCCUGCCAGGCCAGCUGGCAUAAAGGACAGGCCUGCCAGGACAACAUGCCCAUCAUCACCUUCCUACCCGGGGAGACCAGUUCCUUCUACAAGAGCAACGAUGAAGAUGCACCCAUCAAGUGCUGUCCCAAGUGUAAGGUGUACAUCGAGAGGGACGAGGGCUGUGCUCAGAUGAUGUGCAAGAACUGUAAGCACGCCUUCUGCUGGUACUGUCUGGAGUCUCUGGACGACGACUUCCUCCUGAUCCACUACGAUAAAGGGCCAUGCAGAAACAAACUGGGCCACUCCAGAGCUUCAGUGAUCUGGCACCGGACACAGGUGGUGGGGAUAUUUGCUGGCUUCGGUCUGCUCCUACUGGUGGCUUCUCCCUUCCUCCUCCUAGCCACACCCUUUGUUCUGUGCUGCAAAUGUAAAUGCAGUAAAGGAGAUGACGAUCCUCUGCCUACCUAACCAAUCCCGCCCUGGACACAGGGUCAGGUCAGCUCACCUGACAGACAGGGGCACCAGGCCUGUUGAUGGACAGGGUGUUUGGUGUUUGGUUAGUCAUCCACUCCUUACAGUGUUUUAAUCCCGCACACCGGCCCAGAGGAUUCUUAGGGAUUGAUGGGUUUGUCGCUGAGGCAGCACAGUGCAAGUGGAUGAGGAACAUUGACUUUGGGCGGAGCCAGCAAAUUGGGUUGUGGGGACACUCUGAACAGUUUAGUUUUGAUGUGAUGUGUUAAGAAGGACCGGGCCUGCAGAGGCGAGGAGGACAGAACCACCAGUCAAUGUUGGGCUGGGUUGGUUGUUGCUUCAGAGGUCAAUCUGGGAUUGGUGGUUAUAGCUCUGUCUAUGUGUGUCAGGUUCAAGGUUAAGGUUAUUUGUACAACUGUCUUGGUGCUUGUUUGGGGGACUGCAAAUAUAAUGUAGGUAUAUUUGGAGGGAGCAGCCCUGGCUAUCAGCCACGGAAUGUGGAAGUAUCUCCUAUUAAGGGUAGAUACUGUGUCCCAAGUGACAACGUAUUCCCUACAUAGUGCACUAUUUCUGACCAGGACCCAUAAGGCUCUGGUUGAAAGUAGUGCACUAUUUAGGGAAUAUUUACAGUGCCUUGCGAAAGUAUUCGGCCCCCUUGAACUUUGCGACC